GGAAACGGCAAUUCGCGCUAUCAGCCAGGAUGCCUGCAAUUAUCGAUAACUCAAUUGCCUCCAAGAAGCGAAAGGGCUCCAAAGAAAGCGGUGUUCCGUCCUCCAAACGUCGAGCCGUUGCGGAAAAUGCGAGCGCAGAGUCAAUGGCCAAGAUCCAGCAACUGGAAGACCAGAUAUCUGAGUCCAGAAAAAAUUACAACAAUAUUGCAACGCUUCUAUCUAUGCUCAGCGAAGAUGGAACAAGUGUGAAACCGAACCUAGCAGUCGCUGUGUCGCUGUGUCGAGUUUUCAGCAGAUUAAUCGCCGGUGGAAAUUUGACAGUAGGGGAGCGCGCCCCAGAGAAUGAGAAAAUCGUCGUGGCCUGGCUGAAAGAGCGCUGCCGGGAAUACCAGCGGUUGCUGGAGUCAUUCAUGCGUGAAAGUGAUGCCUCGUCUCAGAUAACUGCCCUAACCUUAGCCAUGCGCCUCCUCAACGAACGUGCUACGCAUAUACCAGGUGACGAUACUCAAGCGUGGACAUCAGGACUCUUCCGCAACAUCUUUGAAGCCGUAGUAGAGGCGAAAGAUGGGCAGGCUUUGCGGUCUGAGUUUCUCGAGAAGUUCUUGAAACCAUACGAGGACGUGACAUACUAUACAUUCAUGCAAGUUGGUGAAUACGCGUCAACUCCUCGCAGCACCGAGAUUCUGGAAACCCUCGUUACAAUUCUCUCAACCUGCGACACCGUCCCGGGCCCCGAGCACAAAUUCUCAAACUUCUACAGCAAAGUGAGCAAUAAAAACAAGAAGCUCGUCUCCGUAAAUUCAUACAAAAAGCGUGCACAAGAUGCCUGGCUCUCCAUCCUCCGCAACGAUCUCUCCCAACCGCUCCGCAAAACCCUUCUUCGCAUCAUGGUUCACCACAUCGAGCCCUGGUUCAACCGCCCAGAAUACCUGAUGGACUUCCUCACAGACUCUUAUAACGUCGGCGGCGCUACCUCACUGCUCGCCCUAUCCGGCCUCUUCUACCUCAUCCAGGAGAAAAACCUUGACUACCCGCAAUUCUACCCAAAGCUCUACUCCCUCCUCGACGCCGACCUCCUCCAUUCCAAACACCGUUCUCGCUUCUUCCGCCUCCUAAAUACCUUCCUUGCGUCUACCCAUCUUCCUGCAACGCUUGUCGCCAGUUUCAUCAAGCGGCUUUCCAGACUAGCGCUCAAUGCACCACCAGCGGCCGUCGUUGCCAUUGUCCCUUUUAUCUAUAACCUCUUUAAAAAUCACCCCACUUGUACAUUCAUGCUUCACCGCGUUAUUCGAGACAAAGAGUUCCAGGCCGAGCUGGAAGCAGAAGGCAUGGAUGACCCUUUUGACCCCGAGGAGUCUGACCCAGAUCAGACCGGCGCGAUCGAAAGUAGCUUGUGGGAGAUUGAGAGCUUGCAAUCUCAUUAUCAUCCGAACGUAGCUUCUAUCGCGCGGAUCAUAUCUGAGCAGUUCACGAAGCAUAGUUACAAUCUGGAGGAUUUCUUAGAUUAUACCUAUCAAGGUAUGUUGCAGGCGGAAUUGGGUACGGGGGAGAAGCCGCUGAAGAAGAUUCCUGUUGUGGAGUAUCAAAUACCAAAGCGGAUAUUUACUGAUCAUCACAAACACAAUGCCACCUUGAUGCUUCAGUACCACGCUACACACUCUCUCAUGCGGAAGCAGGCCGGAGUGACCGACUGUGAUCCUCCCUGUUUCCAUCAAUCGUCCGAAAUCCGUAAAUUCUUGGACAUUGAGUAG